GCUUCGGCCUUUGCGAGAAGUGUGAAUGCGGGAAAGAAUGGCUUGGGGGAGCGUAUAUAUAGAAGAGGGGGGAAGACCGAGAAGCGGACUUCACAUAUCUUUGCAGUUCAUUCUUUGAUCAGGACGACUGAGGAGACUAUACUAUUCCAUUCACUCGAGGAUCGAGCACCGCGACGGAAAAGAGUCGGUGUGAUCAGCCGCUGACGAUUUCCCUACACAUCGUCAUACGUUUGGAAAACAGGAUUUCUUUGUACAUCCCUCGGCUUGCUCGAAGGCCAAAAUCGGACACAAAAACCAGUUCGCACACACAUUCACUCAGCAGCACAAUCAACAUCCACAUACAACAUCAUGCCAGUACCACGGCCACCCGGACCACUCCUCCUCCACGUCCUCCAGCGACACAAUGCCCUCCUCCUCUCUCGAACCUGCUCUACCCUCCUCCCGGUCGCAAUAACAACACCGCUGUCCACCCGCUGGAUCCACGCACCAACCGCCCGGCGCAACGUCUCAGCCGCACCUCUCCCCCCAUCAACAACAUCCACUUUCUCGUCUUCAGAAACCACACCCUCUCCCUCUGAACCAUCCCUACAAUCGGAGAAAGACAAAACAUCAUCAACACCCCUCUCCCGCCUCCCCACCACCUCCGUCCUCCGCACCUACCUCAUCACCACCGUCUCCUCCUCUCCCACCCUCCUCUCCCUCUCCUUCUCCCUCCUCUCCCUCAUCCUCCGACACCCACCCACCAGCCUCCUCUCCCCCGAACGCAACCCCCUCCUCGCCAAAAUCCUAAAAUCAACCUUCUACGCACAAUUCUGCGCGGGCGAGAGCGUCGCCGAAGUCCGGCAAAACACGGGCGCCGCUCGAAAACAGUUAGGAUACGACGGCAUCAUCCUCGAAUACGCAAGAGAACUCCUCGAGGCAGAAGGCAAAGGGAAGAUCCAAACCGAGCAGGAAAUCGCAAAAGACGUACGAGAAUGGGAGCAAGGGAUGCUGGACAGCAUCGCCAUGGCGCGCUCGGGGGAUUUCAUCGGCUUCAAACUCUCGGGCCUGGGACCCUAUGCGUUAUCCCUCCUGCGAGACGGCGCUCCGCCGACGCCCAUGAUGGCGGAGUCUUUGCAAAGGAUUUGCCGUGCGGCUGCGGAGAAGGACGUUGCGCUUCUCCCCGGUGCGGAGGAGGAGGCUACGAAUCGCGGGUUGGAAGCGUGGACGCUGGAGCUCCAGCGGCAAUAUAAUCGAGCGGGUAAAGCGGUGGUGUAUACGACGUAUCAGUGCUACCUCAAAGGCACGCCCGCGCGCCUCGCCCAGCACCUGAAGCUAGCGCGAGAAGGCGGGUGGAUCGCAGGCGUGAAACUGGUCCGCGGCGCAUACCUGGCCACGGAGCCGCGGGACCUGAUUUGGGAGACGAAAGGAGGGACCGAUCGGUGCUAUGACGCGUGCGCGGAAGCCGUGUUGAAGGGUCAAUGGAACGACGUCGUUAGACCUCCCUCCGGAGACGAAGCCGAGCCGUUUCCGAAACUGAAUGUCGUGCUGGCGACGCAUAACGCGGCGUCGAUAGCCAAGGCAAGGGAAAUCCGCAGUGAGCAGAUUUCUUCUCUGCCUCCUUCGGUUUCACCGACGACGUCGCUGCCGCGGCUCGCGUACGCCCAGUUGCAGGGCAUGGCGGAUGAGAUUUCGCAAGACUUGGUGCAGGAUGAGGCGCGCAGGCGGGAUGGGAAUAGUAAGGUGGUGAAGUGUAUGGCGUUUGGGACGACGAGGGAGUGUCUGGGUUUCCUGAUGAGGAGGGCCGUGGAGAAUCGGGAGGCGGUGGGGAGGACCGAGGGGACGAGGAGGGCUAUGGGGAGGGAACUGAGGGCGAGGGUUGGGCGGUGGUUUGGAUUGGUUUGAGUGUAGGGGUUGAGGAGGUAUCCUCGAUGUCCUUUUCCUUUCUUGAUUUUGCUAUUGGGUUAAGGGCCUGCUCUCAGGCUUACAUGAUGCAUUACCUAGCAUGGAGUUGCGGUUGCAGAGACAAGACAAGACUUAGACAAACAUAGUAGUAGUACAUUUUCGAGUCUACAGUCUACUAAUUUCCAAUCUAUGAUCC